AUGACUGAUCCUUCACAAACCAUCCCUAAAAUCGAUCCCAAUAUUAAUACUCAUCAUAAAAAUAGCCUUGAGGAAUUCGAUCGUAUGGCGGCCAUAAUCACGAGGACCUUAAUACAGUUGUUCGGGGAUGAAGAUAUCGACAAACUCGAGCAUGAUCAAACUCCAUCCAAAAAUGAACGCCAAUAUUGCAAAUGCAACAAGAGAAGGAGAAGUGCAAAUAAUUCUUGCUUUCACCUUUCGUCUUCAUCUGGGGACAAAACGGUCAAAAAACGCAGUUCUGCAUACACAACGAAUGACAUCAUCAUGACAUACGCGUGA